UGUUUGCACGACGACCCUCAAGGCAAACGAGAACGAUGAUGAUGAAGGUUGUGAGCUUCAGUGCACUGCUGGUGGCAGUGUUUGCUGGCUGUGCGCUGGCUGCUCCUUUGAGCUUCGACAACUUGAAGAAGACGUCGUACAUCGCAGAGGCUGUCAUUUCUCUUCCCUACGCUGCCAUCUCCGAGCCCGUCAAGGUGUACUAUGAUGCUGGCGCUGGCCGGAGCCGCGUGGAAUACUACCACGGCAUGGACGUGUACGUGAUGCGCGAGGAUGUCGGCAAGCACGGCUACCAGUUCCAGAUCAACCCCGUCACCGACAACGAGCGCACCAACGUCAUGACCUGCUUUGGCAUCAACGGCACAAAGGACGACCCCAUCACCGUGCAGUCCCUCAUCCCGGACCUGUCCAAGUAUGAGAAGGCGACCAACCCCGUCAUGUACCGCGGCCUCUUCUGCGACCUCUACACCUACUCCUACCUGGUUGGCGCGAAGAGCAACACGUAUUCCUUCUACGUCAACCGCGCCACGGGUCUUCCCGUCGGCUUUGAGAUGCGCGGAUACGACGACCUCCUCGGCUCCCACUACGACGAGUACGACAUCUACUUCUACGACUUUAUCGUCACCGUUCCCUCCAACAUCAGCCUCUACGAGCCGCCAAAAGGCAUGUCGUGCGGUGACUUCCCAGGGCCUGGUGUGGCCGUGCACCAUCAUCGCGGCGGUCUCCACAUGCACGAGGACUACGAGGCCGCUGAGAAGGAGGUUGGCGCUGCGUUUGAUUCCUUCAAGGCGCAGCACGGCCGCAUGUACGAGACCGAGCAGGAGCACGCAAAGCGCCUCAACAACUUCCGCCACAACAAGAAGUUUGUUGAUGCCAUGAACCGCCGCAACCUGACGUACACACUCGCCCUCAACCACCUCGCCGACCUCCACGACGAGGAGCGUGCACAGAUGCGCGGAACUUUCAGCUCCAGGACAGACUACGCCUAUGUUGCCGAGACACCGUCCCCUGUUCGCUCUGCUGCGCGCGACUGGCGCACAACAGGCGCUGUGACGGGCGUGAAGGACCAGGGCAUCUGCGGCAGCUGCUGGUCGUUUGGCGCCGCCCAGGCCAUCGAGGGCCAGUACUUCCUGGCGACGAACCGUACCGUACCCAUGUCCCAGCAGGCCCUCAUGGACUGCUCAUGGGGCUUUGGCAACAACGCCUGCGACGGCGGCGAAGCUUUCCGUGCGUACGAGUGGGUGCUUCAGAACGGCUACAUCCCCACAGAGGCGUCGUACGGCCCGUACCUCAUGGCUGACGGUUACUGCCACCCGGAGAAGGCGGACAAGGGCCCUGGCAUCAAGGGCUACGUCAACAUCACCAGCGGCGACAUGAACAAGGUCCUCGACAUGCUCGACAACGACGGCCCACUCGCCGUCGCCAUCGACGCUUCCCUCAAGUCGUUCAGCUUCUACAGCAGCGGCGUGUACUACGAUUCCGACUGCGGCAACACCCCCGAUGACCUCGACCACGCCGUCCUCGCCGUCGGCUUUGGAACCUCCGUGGAUGGUGAGGACUACUGGAUCAUCAAGAACAGCUGGAGCACCAACUAUGGUGACCGCGGCUACGUUCGCAUGUCCAGGCGCAACAACAACUGCGGUGUUGCCACAGACGCCCACAUCCCGCUCCUCUGAGCAUGCCUUUGCGUGGGAAGGGAAAUGAUUGUUGGUGCGUGUGUGUGCAUGUGUGUGCGUACGUGCGUAUGUGUGCGUACGUGCGUAUGUGUGUGUGUGUGUGUGUGUGUGUGCAUGUGUGUGCCUGAUGUCGGUGCAUCGCUUGCCAUCCAUCCAUGGCGCAUCCAAACCACCACAUCCUUGCAUGUUUUUGUGUGUCGCGCGCGCCUGUUCUUGUGCCUUUGUUUCUGUUGCUUGGCGAUUCCGUUGUGGAAUGUUCGUUGAAAACAUAAACGAGAAGCGUGCA